CGCCGUUUUCAUCGUCCGCAUUUUUCCGAUAGGGGCGGCUUCGUCGGGUUCUUCCACUCUCGAGGCUCAGAAGAAGAGGCGGAGACGAAAGCGAGGUGCGGGAGAGAGAGAGAGGGGGCGGGGGUGAGAGGGAGGAGGAGAAGAAAGAGUGAGGUCUCCAUUCUAGUGUUUCUCUUCACGCGGGACCGGCUCCUCGGCUAGGGAUCCAGGUUUUGUAUUGGAUUUUGGAAGCGUUUCCCGUGUUUUUUUCUUUGUUUUUUACCGACCUCGACGCUUUCUUUUUGUUCUCCGCUUCUCUUUCUCGUUCUCUCCAUGUAGGGGUGGUUUUGUGGAGUUAGGGUUUUGAUUUUUGUGGGACAUUACUGCUCGUAGCUUUAGGUUUGUUGCGAAGGGUUGUGGCUGGAGGAGAUCUAGGGUUAGGUUUUUUAGUUUUAUCUAUUGAGAGUUGGGUGAGGGGGUUUGUGUUAUUCGUUUAUUAAUUUAGGUUUUGGGGUUUGGGGUGAAAGCUAGGGUUUUGCUGCGGACUUUUUGGUUUUUCUGAUGAAGAGCAAAACCCUAUCUUAGACCUCUGAUUGGAGGUGGGCGUAUUGAUUCGGUCUGCAAUGUGAUACUCAUAAAAGGCUAGUGAAAAGAAGAAAGACAGAGCUUGGACAACUUAUUUUGGUGGGAAAUUUGAAUUGAGUACCAUCAACGUCCAGAAUUUAUAUAAAUCCGCCGACAAGUUUUGAAAUUUAUAUUGUACAGAGAUAACUUAUUAUAGUUCUGAAGAAGUGAUUCUGUGGCAUGGUGGUUAUGUAAAAAUUUGAUGGUUUAACCCUUGGAGAAAAAGUGUUUUUUUUACAUUGCACCAAGGUAAAGAAUUGAAGAAAAGUUUGUGAUUUUUUGAUCCAAUGAUGGGGAAAACGCAGAAGUUCUCAAAGGCAUGCUCUUCAGGCUUUGUCCCGGACUACUGGCAUGCAGUUGAGACGGUUGGUGAGUCAGAAGGGUUUGGUAGCUCGGGCCGUGCUGACUCAGAUGACUCUUGUGCGCCAAAAAGGAAGUGUAUAAGCUUAAGUAUGGAAAAAUGUGAUGGUUUCAAUGUCCCAUUGGAAGUAAUUUCUCUGUCGAAGCUGUCUAAUUCAGAGAGGAAGGAGUUGGAAAUUAGAUUGAGAGGAGAGCUUGAGCAGGUUCGGUUAUUUCAGAAGAAAAUACUCUCUAAGAGCAUGAUUGGUGCUAAUGGGGUAGUCAUCUCGUCCUCCAGUGAUGGGCGUGUGAAGAAACAGGAUCCUGUGUGUCAGAAUGGUCCGCAGUUGAAGCGUGGGAACUCGGGAAGGUUCGAAUCUGCUAGGCAGGGUCUGCCGCUUCCUAUUAGCAACUCAUAUGCCAUGUUGAUGAAACAGUGCGAUGCACUUCUGAAGCGCUUGAUGUCACACCAGUAUGGAUGGGUAUUUAAUACUCCUGUUGAUGUGGUGAAGUUGAACAUCCCAGAUUAUUUCCAAAUUAUUAAGCAUCCAAUGGAUCUGGGAACAAUUAAGAGUAAGAUAGCUUCAGGUGCUUAUUCUAGCCCACGGGAUUUUGUGUCAGAUGUAAGGCUUACGUUCACCAAUGCCAUGACCUAUAAUCCACGUGGUAAUGAUGUACAUUUCAUGGCAGAUGUCAUGAGCAAGUUCUUUGAAACCAGAUGGAAACCUAUUGAAAAGAAACUGGCUGCAGCUGAUGCAGCUGUUAAAAGUGAAACAGAAGCUGCCAGGCCAAUGUUGCAGCCAAAGAAGAGAAAAGCAUCUCCUGUUAAUCACAAUAUUGUUGUGCCUCAGACCGUUAAGCUAAAGAUGACAGAGGAGGAGAAGCAGAAUUUGGGUAGGCGCCUAGAAGCUGGGGAGCUUCCAGAACACAUCAUUGAUUUUUUGAGGAGCCAUGCCGGCAUUGCAAAUGAAACUAAUGAGGAUGAGAUAGAGAUUGAUAUUGAUUCUCUUAGUGAGGAUAGUCUGUUUGAAAUAAAGAAGCUUUUAGAUGAUCAUUUGGAAGAGAGACAAGCUGGGCAGCAAGCAAAAGCUGAGCCUUGUGAAAUGGAGAUUCUAAAUGUAUCUGGACUUAGUAAUUCAUCAAUGCAUCCUUGCAAAGGCAAUGAGCCAGCUGAUGAAGAUGUGGAUAUUGGUGGCAAUGACCCUCCUAUUUCAAGCUAUCCGCCGGUGGUGAUAGAGAAAGAUACAGCAUUUAGAAACAACAAGUGUAGUAGUUCAAGCAGUUCUAGUAGUGAUUCAGGGUCAUCUUCGAGUGAUUCAGACACUGGUAGCUCCUCAGGAAGUGAAUCACAUAUAAAAAUUGUUAGUCCUACAAAGGUUAUCAAGGAAAAUGUACAAUAUGGGGCAGCUUUGGACCAAGAAAAAAGUGAUAUCUUAAACCCACUAGAUGCAAGUGGAUCUUCUGAUAGGCUACAUCAACUUGAACAGGAUGUGCAUUCUGUGCCUGCAUCUGUCGAGGCAAAUAGCCACCAAGAGGGGGAGAAUGCUCCAUGUCAGAGGCAAGUCUCCCCUGAAAAGCUCUAUCGAGCAGCUUUAUUGAGAAGUCGCUUUGCUGAUACAAUCCUCAAAGCUCGUGAGAAGACACUUGACCAGGGUGAGAAGAGGGAUCCGGAGAAGCUUCGGCUGGAGAGGGAGGAGCUUGAGAGGCAAAAAAGGGAAGAGAAAGCUCGGCUGCAAGCAGAAGCAAAGGCUGCCGAAGAAGCUCGAAAGCAAGCCGAAGCAGAAGCUGCAGCAGAAGCUAAGCGCAAACGUGAACUCGAGAGAGAAGCAGCACGUCAAGCCUUGCUUCAGAUGGAGAAGACUGCAGAGAUCAAUGAGAACAAUCUAUUUCUAAAAGAUCUAGAGAUGCUUAGCACCGUUCCAGCUGAGCAUGUACCUAGUUCUGUUGGUGAGUCAAGCCCUACUCUCUCACAGGAGGGUAUGGGCUGUAUUAAACUGGGAGGCACUAACCCUUUAGAACAACUUGGGUUGUACAUAAAAGUUGAUGAUGAAGAGGAGGAAGAUGGUGAGGCAAGGACUAUACCUGUUAAUGAUGUCGAGGAAGGAGAAAUUGAUUGACCGUUUUCAUGUCUUCCAACUACAUAUGCGCCCAUGGACUGAGUAAUCACCACAGUAUUCUGCUGAUGCGGCAGACUGGGCCCAAAUUCAUCAUGAAUAUGGGUUUUUUUUUGGGGGGGUCUAAGCCAACCACAUACAAGAUUGUCAUGGUUUUGUUGCUGAGCAGGCUACUGAGGACGUGCUACAUUGGUUUCUUGCUUGUAAUUUUAGUGACCUUCAGUUUUGGAGUUGAGAAGCAGGUUGGUCCCAUCGGGAAGCUUGCAUGCUCUAUGCUAGCUAUAAGUAUGAACUAGUUGCAGUAGGACGCCAUCGCCCAUCAGUGGAAAUUGGUGAUUGAUUGUAGCCCAGUCUGACACUUGUGCUGCUGAUUCAAAAUAGGUGAUAUUUAUAUGCUGAAUUGUGACAUCAGAUGUAUUCCAUGUGGCCUGUUACAAUGUGGGAGCUGUAGGAGGUUUUGUACAUUGUUGUUGAUACAUACAUUUUUUUUGCUUUUGCUCCCAUAACUGUACAAAGACAGCUGAUAGAUUCAACAAAGUUCCUUCAUUCUUAUUGCUGUGG